ACUGUAUUUACAAAGCGCUCUCUCUCUUGACCUUCUCUGUUUCUAGAAUUCCAUUUAGAGAGGACCCCCCUCCUGACAUCAUCCCACCCCCCUGAGCUGGCAGCCAUUCCCUUGACUGCAUAUGGACCAAUGGCAGCAGCCGCAGCUGCAGCAGUAGUUAGAGGCUCCACCCCUUCACGCACAGCUGGUUUCCUGGGCACCAGCAGCCCUGGACCAAUGGCUGACCUGUACGCUGCAGCCAACCAGGACUCAGGAGUCAGCAGCUACAUCAGUGCCGCUAGUCCCGCCCCCAGCACAGGGUUUGGUCACGGUCUAGGGAAAGUGUAUCCGCUCUUGUCCGUGCAUCCCCAGGGUCCUCUGAUUGCUACUGCGUUCACUAAUGGCUACCACUGAGAAGACUCAGGUCACUGAAGAUGGGAGGGCCUCUCUUCUGCUGAUGAGCCAAUCACAAUGCUGGCUGCCCCUAAGAUGGCACAACCUGAUUGGCCGGCCACAGGCUCUUCCAGGCUCUCCUGGCUCUCUGUAGCUCCACCCACCGACUGAAUAUCUUUUUAAAAUCCUGAACUCUGUUUUGCUGUACUAAUCUCACUUCAACAUAACGUCCCCCGUCUCUCUCCUCUUUUGUCCCGUGUAAUAACUAGAUCCCUUCCCUCCGUUAUCGAUUAUUUUCUUUUGAAGCUGAGAAAAGAAAACUGAAAAAAA